AUGGUUGCAAGAAGUGAUAAUCUUGAUCAAACAAUGGAAUUUACGGCCAAGAAUAGCGAGAAACUUGAACGCACGGCUGAAAAAGAGAAUACCAAGAAACUUGAUAGGUCGGUGGAUAAUAUGGCGGCGAAUAACGAGAAACUUGAGAGGACGGUGGAAGAUACGGCGGCGAACUGUAUGAUGCUGUUAUCAAGGGUUGGGAGAUACUGUGGAGGAGGUGGAGAGAUCAGUCGUGUUUACAGAUGCAAAACUUGUAUGAAAGAGUUUUCAUCGUUUCAAUCUUUAGGAGGCCACCGCGCAAGCCACAACAAACACGUUAAGAACAGCAGCAGUGACGAACAGUCGUCUUCACUUUCUUCGGGAUCCGUCGCUAAGAAGAAGACAAAGAACACAAAGGAACAUCGUUGUCCGAUAUGUGGCUUGGAGUUUCCGAUGGGACAGGCUCUUGGUGGUCACAUGAGGAAGCAUAGGAACGAGGAAGAAGCUAGCGGCGCGUUGGUUACACACUCUUUUUUCCCUGAGGCGGUGAUUACUACGACAUUGAAUAAAUCGAGUAGUGGGAAAAGAAUUGCUUGUUUGGACUUGGGGUCAGAUUCUAUGGAGAGUAGCAUCAAUUUAAACUUGGAGUUGGGAAGCAUCAUGUACUGA